AUGGAAGUGCAAGCUGCUGUUGAAAUGGUAUCCAGAGAAGUUACUACUGUACCAAAGAGUCCACCAGAAAGACGGACUGUAGCUGUUCCCCUGUCCCCGUCAACCUCAAGUGAUGAACAGAAACGCAAAGGUGAAGUAUCAGUCCAGGUCGUUGCCAAUAAAACCAAAAAAGCAAUGUUAACCUACAAACAUGCCCAAGCAUCUGUUGAAAGUGAAGAUCUAUCAGUUCAAGUGAUGUCAACUUCAGAAGAACAAGCAGUUUUCAGAAACGCGACUUAUGGCAGUUACUGUUUCUAUAGGCAAAGCGAAUUAGAAGAGAAAUUAAUAAAUAAUAACCUUGAGAAUGAGUUAGAGUCAACUAAAAAUAUCUCGGAUGUACCCAAAAAUAAUCCAGAAAUAAGCGAUCUAAGGCGAAAAAUUUUGAAAAGAAUGAGCUGUAAGUUACAAUCAUUGACGAAGAAUUUAGGAAAUCUUAGUGAUAGAAAAAUGGCGACAACUGGACUUGGAAAGACGUUACAAUUUACACCCGUUUGGGUCCCGUGGGGUGAAAUUCAAUUUUACACAGAUGUUUCUACAGAUAUAAUUAAAAAUAAUACGCAACAAUUAAACACAUUUACUAAAGUUUACAGAACUUCAGUACAAUCAUUUCUCAUUAAAUCUCAACUUCAACAGUUAAAUAUCAUUAUUAAGGACUGGAUAAAAAGUUUACCUAUCACAACAAACAAUUCAUCAAAAUGUGUAAGCGAUGCAAAAGUAAUAGAUAUGAAAAGAAUUCAAAGAAUAAUUUUCCAAAAGUUAAAACAUGGUACGCCUCAUGAGAUGCAAGCUGAGUUAUUCAACUUAAUUUCAAACAUACCAAUGAACAUUCAGGAUUCGCUUAAAAUAAGUUAUUUAAAUCAAGUUAUUACAUCCUUCAUGAAAAAGAUACGACAGAUGACAUUUCCGAAUUAUAUAGGAAGAAGGAAUUAUAAUAUUUAUAAUAUAGAAAAUAAAACUAAUUAUAAUGUGUUCAAGCAACAUAAUCAGAUCACAAAACACGGAUUAGUAAAAAUAACAGCAGAUCAUCUUAAUACUUAUUUCAGUAAUAAUAAUUUACUUUUGGAUGAUCAAGGUGCAAAAUAUUUUCAGACAGAACUUAUCGAUAUACUUUUACAGUCGAUGCAGGAAAUCUGUGAUGAUAAUGUUAUGGAUGUCAUUGAGGAGAUUGUUUUAUUGUUCGGAGAAACUAGUAGAGCAACCGAUAAUGAAGCAAGGAUUUUUGCAAAUCAAUUAUUGGCUAAAAUUAAAAAGGUCAUUAACAAUAGCAUAUUAAACAGAACUUUUAAAGAUUCUUCAAUAAAUACACAUUCUAAAAAUUACAUAAUUCUCCAAAAUACAUCUUGGAAUAAAUUGCAUCAUAAUAUAUCUAAUUCGGAUAUUAGUGAUCAUCAAAAAUCCUUAGGUAAUAAAGGUAAUGUAGAUUCUACUGAUACGUAUUUGAAUCAAUUGACCCAACAAAUUGAGGAAUGGCUACAGAAUUCUCAAUUAAAUAUACCUGCUAAUGAUACACGUUUAAGGCAAAUUGUCAUACAUGAUUUAGCAGGUGACAUUAUUGAUCGCUAUAAAUAUCUAUGUUUGAAUGUUUCGAAACGUGGAAGUGAUGAAGAUGAAAUAGAAAAUUUGAAAUAUCAAAUAUUUAAAUGGAUAAAUAAACUUGCUGGAGAAGACAACAUGGAGACUUUAAAUCAUGCUCCCGAAUUAAUGAGAAGAAUUCAAAGUAUACCUGUACCAAAGGCAUUACAGACUAAUGAUAGUUUUAAAAACGAAAGUUUAUCAAAUGGGUGUAUGAUGAAAGAUUGCUCUCAGUCAGCAAACUUUCAAAGAUACUCUUUUACGAGAAGUGAGAUGAGACCGUCGAAAGGAUUUAUAUCUAAUACAAAAAUAAACAGUUCAAAUAUUUCUAACAGCUUCAACAAACGAAUGUCUAAAUGUCAACAAUCGCCUUCAGGUCCUUCAAUCAAUAAUGGCCGUUCGAUGAGACAACUCAAUGACGAAUAUGAUGAUUUUUUAAAAAACUGGGUUAAGGAUUUACCUAUACCAUCUGAAUCUUCAGAAGAGCAAGAAAUUGCAGAAAAAGCAAGGCAAGGUAUUUAUAACGGUGUUUGGAAAACCUUGGUCAAACUGAAAUUGGAUCCGGAUAUAUUUCAUAAUGUUUUCUACUAUGAAGAUGCUUUAGAUGAUGAAUUGGAAGAAUUGCUUAAAUGCCUACCAGACACACCAGAAAUUAAGGCAAAAAAGCAUUUACUCAAAGUAAAUUUAAUAGAGAAGACUACAAAUACUAAUGAGAAAAUAAAAAGCUCAUUUGCACCUGAAUCUUAUAAGCAGCAACUUGUUGAGAAUGUAGCGCGCGAUCUUCCAUUAAAAAAUCGAACGGGUACCAGUGUUAACAACAACAACCAAAUUUCCGAAGUAUUACAAAUACACAAGAUAGUUGAUGACUAUAUACUGUGUGUGAAUUAUAAGGAAACUGAUCAUUCAAAAGCAGAAGUAUAUAGAAAUAAAUUGAUAAAAGAAGCUUAUAUACUUAUAGAAAAUAUGAAAAAGACAUAUGGACAAGAUUUAAAAGAUAUUGAUACAAAUUUAUACGUAAAUAAUGUCUUAAAUGCAUUACAAAAAGUGCCUAUGCCUCAAGAUGUUAUUGAAAAAGAAGCUAAUGAAAUACAGGUAAGUCAAGAAGUGGACCAUUGGUUUACAGAUUUGCAAGUUGUUUGUAGGAAUGACCACACGAAUAAACGAGAUAAAAAUAAAAUUAAACAGGCCCUAGUAAAAAAAGUACUGGAAUUACAAAAAGAUGUGAAUAUAUUUGACUGUUCUGGAAAAGAAAUCAUAAAGAAUGAAAUUUCAUUAUUUUUAGAAAAAAUGCCUAUGGAGGAAACAAAUAUAAAUUUAGAUUUCAUUGCCGAAGAAUUAACUACCAGACUCAAAAACAAAGCCAAAGAUUUAGAGACAAGCAAUAAAAGAAAAUCUGUAGCUUUUUUAGAUUCAGUGGGAUUUUAUGAGUUCAGUUUACAAAUGCCUGCUUGUUCCAGCUUUUCUGAAAUGCCUCUUCGCCCUGCUUUGUUCGAUCAAUCAAGUUAUGAUAUCAAAGACGGCAGUAAGGUAAUAUUACCAUCACCUCGUAAUUUUUCGUACGGAUACAACAGGCCUCCUUACGAAAUACCAUCUAAUGAAUUUUUUACACUUGAAGACAGUCAAGCAUCUAAACCAGUAUUAAAUCAACCUGCAGUAGACAAUAAAAACUUCCAAGUGGAAGAUUACCCAAAUAUAAUGCAUCCAAAGCCUAAUCCUUGGAGUAAACAGUCACAACAGUCCGCUUAUGAGGAUGGCAUAAGAAAAUCUCCGGAUCAUGUAAUAGCACAAGGACUUCCCGCUAAUCAAAGUAUUGUACGAGAUCACAUAACGAGCAUGUCAAAAAUAAAUCAAUCACUUAACCAAGUUUCUUCCAGUGUCGAAAAUCAGGAGCCCAUGAAAAAAACUUGUUGUAUACGAAAUAAUCAACAAGUAAUAAUGAAAUCCCCUCUAAUAGCAUCACAAGAAUUUCCCGAAAAUGAAAAUGGAAUAAAUAAUGUACCUCAAAUGAUGUUGCGUCCUGAAAAUAAUAUAUCUGUCCAACAAAGUAAUAUAAUCAAUACAUCUUCUUCGGUUAGUCCAUAUGGGCAAGGAUUUGAAGGAACCAAUAGGGUAGUUGGUAUACCUCAAAUGCGUAUUAAUUCAUUAACACCAGUUUCUUCGCAACCCCAAUCAAAUAUAAAUCAACGUAUUCCAAUUAUUGUAGAAACACCAAGUAGAUUAGGCUUUCAUCAACAGCCAGAGCAAUCUGCACAUCAUGAAGUUUUUAAUUCAACUGGGAAUAGAAACCUACAAGGCAGCAGUACAACUUAUGGCCAGCCUCAAGGAUUUUCCACACCUCAAAAUCAAAUUCCACUUCAAGAAUACCCAUUGAGGCCUGAUAAAAAAAAUAGCCGUCGUCAACAAAUAUCUCUGGGGAAUAUUGCACAAAGACGCCUAGACCUGCAUGAUGAGAGUAGUAAUGCAUUAGAUGGCGAUGAAUCUUGUCCUUGUUUUAAAAGAGUUAAGAUAAAUGGUUACGAAGAUUCAAUUGAAAUAGAAUUUUGUUCAAGGAUAUUAAAUUCUGUUCAGACUUCUUUUAGUUCAAUUAAUUUGAAACCUAAAAAAAGUUCCUGUUUCAAUAAUAGGAAAAUCAAAUCACAAGAUGACAUCCGUGUAAGAAAAGAAGUUUCUAAUGAAUUAAUUGAAUGGAUGAGGAAUGUUUACAGUGAUGAAGUUUCUUCAAAGUUUUGGAAUGAUAGAAUGAAGAGAUUACUUCAGAAACUAGCAAAACCAGGAGGUGAAGAAAAAAUUAGAGAAAAAAUUCAGAGAUACUUAAAACAAAAAUCAAAUUUAUUCUCCAAAUAUGAUGAAGAAAAAAUGGCACAAUUAUCUGAGAAUAUCAUAAAUAAACUUAAAAAACUGUGUCUAAGAAGUGAAAGGAUAAAGAAUGGUAUAAGAAUAUACAGAAUCGAAAUCCAAAAGUCAGAUAAAAAUAAGCAUUAUUUGAAAAGGGUCGUAGAUAAAUGGUUAAAUAAUAUACCUAUUGGGAAAAAGGAUUUUCUGAAUAGGUCAAUCGAACGAGAUGAUAUUUUAAAUUUUAUGGUAAGCCACUUAGAACCUUUCUUAGAUAAUAUUCAUUAUGAUACAGAUAAUAACAGAUCAGUCUUUAAGAAUAUGGUCAAAGAUUUACUAGAUGAAGUCCCAAUACAGAGAAAUAAUUCUAUAGACGAAUUCGCUUCUUCUCUGGUAGAUUACAUAUUUGGAAUUAAUAGUACUUCCAAAUGUACUCAGUUUGUGGAUAGCGAAUACGAUACAACGGAGAAAUUAAAACCAUUAAAAUAUUUAAUCUCAAGACACUUGUCGCAUAUUUUACAAAAGAUAAAUGUAGCUAUAGACCUUAAGAAUUUUCUUUUACUCGAAGAAAAACUUAUUAAGAUUUUAACAGAUACCGACUUAACUCAUGAUACAAUUCCAAACAUUCAAAAAAAUAUACAUUAUUAUGCGAUUCAUGUUGGUGGACUAAAUGAUAAUCAAGCCAAACACCUUAGUAAUAAAUUAAUUAAGUACUUUGUAAAUGACUUAUGUGGCUGUAAAUAUAAAAAUAAUCCUGACGACGAUAUAAUUCCGCAGGUAAAUAUCCCAUAUCCGGAAACGUACUAUGUAUUUCAUAAUAAACUCAAAGGAAUGGUAAAUAUAGAAAAAAAUACGAAUAAAGAUAAUAACAAUAAUAACUUUAAACAACAAAUAAUGCAACAGGUAGAGAUUUGGUUCAAAGAAUCCUUUUCAGAAGUAAUGUUUCCUGAUAAAAGAUUACAUAAUCUAGUUAUAAAUAAUUUAGCGGAAGAUAUUUUAGAUAGAUAUAAAUAUCUAGAAAUGAAUCCUAGUAGUUCCCAUGAAAACGAGGUGCAGUAUCUCAAAUAUCAAAUUUUCAAAUGGAUGAAUAAAGUUGCAGUAGAAGUUAAUGAAGAAAUUAUUGAUCGUGCAUCUGAACUCAUGAAACGUUUGCAGAAUAUUAAAGUUUCAAGAAUACUACAAACCGAAAGUAAAAAUAAACUUGAUUUACAAUGGUUACUUCAUCGAAGUGAAUUGGAGAGACCUAAGAUAAUACAUCAAGACUAUGGCUUAUUUAAUAUAGAUCCUAAGCAAGAAAGAAAACAAGUUCGUUUUUAUGAAGAUAUAAUCGAUGAUUGGUUGGAUAUAUGCUUGUUUGACGAAAAGAAGGAGUUGUUUUAUAUUCAAGAACGAAAUGAAUUUAUUCAUGAUUUGGCAGUAAAAUUGUCAAAUAUGCAAAAUAAAUCGACCGACUUAUUAAAAGAAGAUUUGAUAAUUCAAAUGAAGAAAAUUGUUUCUGACUGGGCAACAAAAAUACAUUCUUAUUUUAAUCAAGAAGCAAAUUUUACCGACCAAAGUAUAUCAAAGUUAGUACAUGCCGUUCUGAGCUGGAAAACAAAUCUUGAAAAUACACAAAAUCAUACAAAUUUUAAUCAUAUAGGAAUCAUUUUGCAAAAUUGGUUGAGUACGUUACCUUUGUACGAAAAUGCAAAUGAAGUUGAGAAAACAAAAUUAAUGGAAUUAAUAAAUAAUUUAAUUUUUCAUUUGACUCAUUUAAAUAUUGAAUCGUGUUCUGAGAUACAUAAUUUUUUUAGUACAAUUUCACAUCAACAUAAAAAAUAUAAUAUAAUUCAAGAAAAUGCCAAUAAUUUUCAAACAUAUAUAAAAGAACUUGAUUUGUACAACACUAGUUUGAAUAAUGGCAAAUUCAUAAAUCAGAAAAGAUCAUCAGAAUUAGAAAAUAAAGAAAAUGAAAAAAAUAUGGUUACACCUCAUGUAACCGUUUAUGGGUUUACUUUACAAAAUAGUUCUAAUGAAAAAGUAGAUAAGUUACAAAAUGACCAAAAUGAAAGUAUCAAGCCUAUAACGGAGGCAGAUAUAUUGGCAAAUCAAGAGCGGUAUUCGAAACGAUUAGUAAAAGAAAUAGACGAGUGGUUGAAUAAUUUAAAAAUACCACAAAUACACGACAGAGGAUUUCGAGAAGUUGUCGUAAAUGAUUUAGCAGGUGAUAUUGUGGACAGAUUAAAAUAUUUGGAGCUGAAUCCUUCAUGUAAGGGGACAGAAAAUAGUGAACUAGAUCAGUUGCGCUAUCAAAUAUUUAAAUGGGUAAAUAAACUUGUGGGUGAGGAGCAUAAAGAAACUUUAGAACAUGCGUCUGAAUUAAUGGAUAGAAUUCGUAGUAUACCGGUCCCCAUGUUCACACAGUUUGAUGGAAAGAAUAAAAAUUCACAACCCCAAUUCCCAAAUAAUCAACCUCAUGACGAAAAUACUUCUAGUUCAAAGAAUCAUCCUUGUGUCAAAGAUAAUAUAAAUACAAUGAAUUUAAGUCACAAUGGAAAUAUUAAUUCCCUUGGUAUUGUCGGUUCAAAAGAAACAGGUAGUAAUCUGAAAGAGUCUCAUAGAAUAGCACAAAGUGAAAAUUUUGAUGAAUUAGGGGCUUUAGGAAUGUCGGCCAUUUCAGUAGAAGGUGAUCAAUGUAAUACUUUAGUAGGAGAAUUAAGAGAUCUGCCGCAGGGAUUGUCUUUACAAGAAUUAUAUGGACAUUUUGAUAAUAUAUUUAAAAGCAAAAUAGAUGAACUACCGUUUGAAACACCUACAACUGAACAAGAACAAUUGGCUAAUUUAGCUAGAUAUGGUAUAUACAAUGGCAUUUGGAAGACUUUUUUUAGCUUGUCUGAAAAGCCUGAUAUAGCAAAUGACUACUGUCUUUUUGACUUACUAUUUGAGGAAAAGAUAGAUGACAUGUUAGAUUGUUUACCACAGACGUUGAAAUUACAGCGAAUCAGACAUGGUUGGAAAAGUGUGAUAUUAAAUAACUUAUUAUUAAUGUUGAAAUAUGUUCAUGCAAUUACGGAUAAGCCAAAUAUUCGAGAAAUUAUUUCGAAUAGAAUCAACCGUCAAAUGAUGAGAAGUAGGCUCAUUUCAAAUUCAGAGAAAGCACAGCAUUGUUUCGUCGCGAGAACUGCAGAAGCUUACAUACUUUCUUCAAGAUAUAAGGAUGAAGAUCCUAUACGUGCUAAUAUUUAUAGACAGCGAUUAAUGAAACGACUUGAAGAAUUAGCUGAAAAUGUGAAAUUACAAAAUAAAAUUGAAUUUUAUGAGAUAAAUCCAUCUCAAUUAUGUCAAUUAGCUUUUAAAAUAUUAGGUGAUGUACCGAUUCCAAACAAAGAAGAUCUGCAAGAAGAAGUUGAGGAAAUACAAUUGGGAGAGGAAAUAGAGGAAUGGUAUAAAGAUUUACCAGUUAAUCCGGUUGUAAAUGAAACCCAUGCGCAUUUACGAAAAAGGCUACGGGAAAUUCUUGCAAAACGACUUCGUGACUUAGAGAAAAAGAUUGAUGCAUUAGGAGACCCAUCUUUAGAGUUAGAAAGAGAUUUAAAGCAUGAGAUAUCCAAGUAUUUAGAAAAAGAUGCGGACUUGAAACAAGUUAAUGACUUAAAUAUAAAUUUUAUGGUAGAUGAACUUACGAAAAGAAUUAAAAACAGACAUGAAAAUAAUAGAUUGCGAUACGAAGUAUUUGAGAAAGAAAUGCCAGCUAGCUCGACAUUCGUGCGACCUGAUCUAGGAGAGAUAAUGGCACCGCUUGUUGAUAUACAACAAAAUCCCAACCUUCAAACUGAAUUGGAUCAUUUUCAAAAUCCGCGUGAGCAUAUUAAACCAAGGAAGCGUGCAUACAGUCUUCCUAACAAUGAUGUAAAAAGAGUCGGUCCUAAAAAUCAAAGGCUUAGUUAUACCACAUCCGAAUAUCAACCUAACCACCAAUUCAACUUAGGAGAUAGUACAAGUGAUCCAUGGCCAGUUUCUUUUCCGGAAUGUACCACUAAAAGAGAACGUUCUCCGAGUCACGAGUUUGGUUUUGCGAUAAGAAACAUGGAUCCAAGCGAUCAGAGGAUUUUGUCAGAUAAUAUUUUACAAGACAAUCCACAACAUAUCGCGGCUGAUCAAGUUCAUUUUUUAAGACCAGGAAAUUUCAUUCAGGAGCAGCCGACCUACAGUAGAGUAGGUAUAACAACUUCACCACCUGCAGGUAUUUCACCUUCGACUGCAAGAAUAAAUAUAGGCUCAUCAGGCACUCAAGUUCGAUUGGAUGGGGAAAUGCAAAAUAAAAGGGGUAAAAUUAAAUAUAAGUGCCAUUGUAUGGACCGAUUACCUAGGCGUAGGGUACGCGCUUGUGAUGAUUUAUUAGACUACCCCUGUUGUCCACUUAUACCAGUUCCUAGAUGUUUAUAUUGACUAUACCUAUUCAUAUUUUUAUUAUUUAUUUUAAAAAUGGGCAAUCUUUAUUGUUUAUUCGUCAUUUGUUUUUUCAUAUAUUUUGUAAUACCGAUUGUAGUAAAAUUUUAUGUGAUUGUCGAGUCCUUUAUUAUUGACAGUUUAGCAAUAUCUCAAUAAAUUGAAAUAAAAGUUUUAAAAUAGUUGUUGUAAUUUUAUUGUGCGAGGGUUAAACUGAAAGUUAACAACUUUAAGAAAAUUAGAAAUUGAGCAAGUAGCAAAUCAUUAACAAAAUAGGGUUUUCUUUUGAAUAAUUUGCUACAUCAUUACUA